AUGUCUCACGAAUCUGUCUGGAACUCCCGCCCCCGCACCUACGGCAAGGGCUCUCGCAGCUGCCGUGUCUGCAAGCACACCGCCGGUCUCAUCCGCAAGUACGACCUCAACCUGUGCCGUCAGUGCUUCCGUGAGAAGGCCAAGGACAUCGGCUUCAACAAGGUAUGCGAACAUGAACUCCCGACCGUGCCACCGCCCGCGCGAGCGCUUUCGCCCGAGACACGAUUGGACCGAGCAGAACAUGAGAACUAA